CAUACAGCUACCCUCCCCCUUCUCUGUAGUUUUCUCACAAUGUUUUCCUCAUGAGGUAAAGUGCACUGAGCGUUUCCCACACAUCUGGCAAUGGAUCUAAAGCUUCGCAGGUUGGCCCUUGUGUUUGAGCAGUUUUAAAAUCCAGUCACUUCACUGCUUUUAUUCACAUCAUCAGACUCAGCGGGAGCAGAGAGGAAAACAUGGGGUGCUGCUCGGCACGAUGCACGCUGAUCCUCCUGUGUUGUCUUCAGUUGAUAACUGCGCUGGAGAGGCAGGUGUUUGACUUCCUCGGCUACCAGUGGGCUCCGAUCAUGAUCAACUUCUUUCACGUCAUCAUGGUCAUCCUCGGCCUGUUUGGUGUCAUCCAGUACAGGUCGUGUUACGUUAUUAUGUACCUGCUGUGGACAUUGUUGUGGGUCGGCUGGAAUGUCUUUGUCAGCUGUCUCUACUUGGAUUUGGGAGGUCUUUCAAAGGACAGCGAUGUUCUCUCCCUGGGAGUGUCGUCACAUCGCUCCUGGUGGAAGGACAACGGGCCGGGCUGUGAGAGCGAGGGACUUCCCUCCGCUGGAUGGCAGAAACAGCAAAACCCGGAGCUGACCACAGUGCUGAGCUGCUGGCUGGAAUACCAAUACAUAGAAAUCCUGCACUGCACCGUCCAGCUGCUCAUAUCACUCCUGGGGUUUGUUUACGCCUGCUACGUCGUCAGCACUUCCUCAGAUGAGGAAGACAGCUUUAAUUUCAUUGGUGAAUUUCAUCAUCCAUCCAAACCCUCUCAGUUGCUCUUCUAGCGUUAAAGACCUGCGGAUUAUAAAUAAUUAACCACACAAAGAAGGUGGUUGAGAGAAGCCGAGAAGGAACCCGAGCAGAAGAUAAAACAACUCUGAAGACCUUCGAGGUGUAAUUGGUUUGGUUGUCAAUAAAACAUCUGUCACAGAUGCUGAACCUGAAGAGGAGAACGUCCAUUAUAUCACUGUAUAAAACAUGUAGAUCUAUUCUUAAUGUGUUUUACUUCAGGCUUUAAAUGCUGUAAAUCUACAUGUAAGGCUACCUCUGUGUGUGUGUGUGUGUGUGUGUGUGUGUGUGUGUGUGUGUGUGUGUGUGUGUGUGUGUGUGUGUGUGAAUGAGAUAGAAACCACUAGAUAUGAAGCACUCAAAGUUCAGUUGUCUUAAAGAAAGAAAAGGUGAUUUGAAAGAUGUAAAUAAGGUUCUGUUUCUUUAUGAUGCUUUGUAAAAUGCAUAAAUUAUUCACGUGUCAUUUCAGUUAGAAAAAAAUGUCCGUACCAACUUGUGUCGUGUACGAUGUUCAUUAAGUGAAAUAAACCACGUCUAUGAUACAACUCA